AUGAGACUGUAUAUCAUUGGUAUUUUAGCGAAAAUACUUGGAAUAAUAAUACCCCUUUUACUAGGAGUAGCCUUCUUAGUUCUAGCUGAACGUAAAGUAAUGGCUUCUAUGCAACGUAGAAAGGGUCCUAAUGUAGUGGGAUUGUUUGGAUUGUUACAACCUUUAGCAGAUGGUUUGAAAUUAAUGAUAAAAGAACCUAUUUUACCAAGUAGUGCUAAUUUAUUUAUUUUUAUAAUGGCUCCAGUAAUUACAUUUAUGUUAAGUUUGGUUGCUUGGGCUGUUAUACCUUUUGAUUAUGGUAUGGUAUUGUCAGAUUUAAAUGUAGGUAUACUUUAUCUAUUUGCUAUAUCUUCUCUAGGCGUUUAUGGUAUUAUUACAGCGGGCUGGUCCAGUAAUUCUAAAUAUGCUUUUUUAGGAGCAUUACGAUCUGCAGCUCAAAUGGUUUCUUAUGAAGUUUCUAUCGGUCUUAUUAUUAUUACUGUACUAAUUUGUGUAGGCUCUUGUAAUUUUAGUGAGAUUGUAAUCGCGCAAAAGCAGAUAUGGUUUGGCAUUCCCUUGUUUCCUGUAUUUAUUAUGUUCUUUAUUUCUUGUUUAGCAGAAACUAAUCGAGCUCCUUUUGAUUUACCAGAAGCAGAAGCUGAAUUAGUCGCGGGCUAUAAUGUAGAAUAUUCUUCGAUGGGUUUUGCUCUUUUUUUUUUAGGGGAAUAUGCUAAUAUGAUCUUAAUGAGUAGUCUAUGUACAUUGCUCUUUCUAGGAGGUUGGCUGCCCAUCCUAGAUAUUCCUAUUUUCCAUGUGAUUCCGGGUUCUAUUUGGUUUAGUAUCAAGGUUCUUUUCUUUCUGUUUGUAUAUAUAUGGGUCCGUGCGGCAUUUCCACGAUAUCGUUAUGACCAAUUAAUGAGGCUUGGUUGGAAAGUAUUCUUACCUUUAUCAUUAGCUUGGGUAGUUUUUGUAUCUGGUGUUCUAGUAGCCUUUGACUGGCUCCCUUAA